AUGAGACGAAUAUCAGUCUCGCAGAAAUCAAAAGAGGUAGAAGGCGAUCCGCACGAGAAACUAGCCCGUUAUCAAACCAGCGGCAACAGUGCAGCCGCCAUAGGAGCUCAGGAGAGAGCCAAAAUCGUCUGGAUGCCUCAAACUCAACGUUCCCGUUAUGUAAGAACUGGGGGGGUCCUACUUUUUGUAGUCUUCUUGUUCUACUACUUCUUACCUCAUCGAACCAGUUUUUAUGGAGAAGUCACAAAGUUGGAAAAUGCACCAGUACCCUCUGACUCGUUUACCGAAACAAAAAAGUGCUCAAAGCCAUACGAAAAAUCGAAGCCACUCAUUCAAUAUGUUCUAAUGAUAGAUGCCGGUAGCACGGGAUCAAGAAUUCAUGUCUACAAGUUUAAUAAUUGCGGACCCACUCCAGAACUUGAACAAGAAGAAUUUAAAAUGACAGAGAAAAAAUCUGGCGGAUCAGGAUUAAGCUCUUACAAGACAGACGCCGAUGGUGCUGCAAAAAGCUUAGAUGUUCUCUUAGAUGUGGCGAUGAAAAAUGUUCCCGAUAAAUAUAAGGCUUGUUCGCCAAUUGCCGUCAAAGCAACUGCCGGACUCAGACUGCUCGGCCCAGAAAUGAGUCAGAAAAUAUUGGACGCAGUUCGGACAAGGCUAGAGACUGCCUACCCAUUUCCUGUUGUUUCUAGUGCAGAAAAUGGGGUAGCUAUCAUGGAUGGAAAAGACGAAGGUGUUUAUGCUUGGAUCACAACGAAUUAUCUCCUCGGAAAAAUAGGUGGUUCAGAUCAACGAAAAACUGCUGCAAUUCUUGAUCUCGGAGGCGGGUCGACACAAAUCGUUUUUGAGCCUGAUUACCAGAGCUUAGCUCCAGACAAGCUCAAAGAGGGCGAACAUAAAUACAACCUCUCGUUCGGCGGAAGAGUUUAUGAGCUCUACCAACACUCGCAUCUUGGCUAUGGCUUAAUGUCGGCUCGUGAGGCAAUUCACAAAACCUUGAUCGAGGAUAUACACAUCGGGAAUCCUGAAGAUUCUGCAUGGAUAUUUAGACCAAUUAUUAAUCCAUGUAUUGCUCCUGGAAUGAGUCGUAUGGUAGAUAUAAAACUUGAAGACAAUCAUCAGCUCGGAAAGAAACUAUCUGUUAACAUGACAGGUCCUUCUUCUCCUGCUCCAGCUCAGUGCCGUAGAUUAGCUGAAAAGGUCUUACACAAAGACUCGGUAUGUGAUCUAACACCAUGCUCCUUUAAUGGAGUAUACCAACCUCCGUUAUCGAAAACUUUUUCUCAAGAAGACAUUUAUACAUUUUCCUACUUUUAUGAUCGCAUAAAUGUUCUUGGAAUGCCGGAUUCAUUCACUCUGAACGAACUACAUCGGCUGACAGAACAAGUGUGUGGAGGAGAGUCCGAUUGGGAAUUAUUCUCAGCCGUUCCAGGAGCAUUGGCAGAGCUUCAAGGCCGGCCAGAGCAUUGCCUUGACCUUAACUACAUUGUGGCGCUCCUUCAUACAGGAUAUGAAAUGCCUAUCGAAAGAGAAAUUAAGAUUGCGAAGAAAAUAGACAACAAUGAACUCGGUUGGUGUUUAGGUGCAAGUCUCCCUCUUCUCGGUGAGAGAUCAGGAUGGGAGUGUCGUGUUAAAGAAGUGUCAUGA